AUGGCGCUAUAUGGGACUUCUGACUCCUUGAUGUGCAGGGCAUUCCCAACGACCUUGAGGGGACCGGCCCGCGCAUGGUACAGCGGCCUCAAGACCGGGACCAUCUCUUCCUUCGAUCAACUCGCCCGAGACUUCGAGCUCAACUUCCUCGCCUACGCCCGUCCGAAGCCGUCCGUGGCGUUGCUCCUCGAACUCAACCAAAGGGAGGACGAGCCCCUCUCCCACUUCGUGAACCGUUUUACGACGCAGAUCCGAGGGCUCUCGGACGCUCACCCUUCUCUAUUGAUGCAGGCAUUCAUGAUAGGCCUGCGGCCCUCCAGGUUCUUCUGGUCUCUAGUGGAGCGACCUCCCACGACGGUACCCGAGAUGCUCCAACGGGCGAGCCACUUCGUCGCCGCGGAGGCGUGGAUGGCUGGGAGACACGAGGAACACAAGGGGAUCAAGCCGGAGCCACCCCGGCAACAGCAACCCGCUGCGUCUCGGCGUAGGUUGGACCGAUCCGACCCGCCAACAUCGAGGCCCCCUCUCCCAGCCUUGAACUCAUCCCGAACGGAAAUAUUCCUCCACAUAAGGGAAAAGGGACUGCUCAAAGAACCUUACCCGAUAAGGAGUCCACGGGCGCUGGCGGACCAAUCGAAGCACUGCCGCUUCCACCGGCAACAUGGGCACGACACUGAACAGUGUCGGGAGCUAAAGAGGCAGAUCGAGGAGCUCAUUCGUAGGGGACACCUCGGCCAGCACCUCCGACCGGACAAGGAACCUUCACCACGCCCGGAGGGUCCCAUCGAACGACACAUCGACGUAAUAGCUGGCGGCCCCAUGUCUGGUUGGGUUUCCAUGACCAGAAGAAAGGCGUACGCUAGAGCCGCUCCGGCCGAAGCUCCCAGACACGGGCCCGAGCCUAACGUCACCUUCCCGGCCGGGACAUCCGAAUAG